GUUGCACCUGGCAGUGGCACUGGCAGAGAGUGGUGCGCACCGCGAUUCAGUUUCACACCGCCCAUUCUCUUCCUUGCACGCUCACCACCAGUUUCGCAUCCGAGGUUGCUCGCCAAAGUGCCUUCUUCCCCCGGACGCCUGCCCUCCGAGGACGCCGGGAGGAACGCCGUCGCUCUCGCUCAACCGUGCCGGCUCAGAAGCAGAAGAUUUUUCUCUUGCUUGCUAGUAUCAGCGAGGAACCAGCAUGCCGGGCAGCCGUGCCGCGACCGUGUUGGACGACCUGCCGGAGUGGCUCGUCGUCGACGAGAUCCUCGCCCGGCUGCCUGUCAAGGACGUGUUCCGCUGCCGCGCCGUCCGGAGGUCGUGGCGCAGCGGCACAUCCACCUACGCCUUCAUCCUCGGCCACCACCGCCGCCAGCCCUCGCUGCCCAUCAUCUUGCACGACCAUGGCAUCAGCCGCGUCGCCGGAGCCUCCGCCUCCCCGCCUCCAGUGGUCAGAAGAUACGGCCCCUGCUCCGGUACGCAAGCCUCGGUAUAUGCAUGCGCUUCAUAACCUGUGAUGGGCUCCUCAUCCUGUGGCGGGGUUCAGAUUUCUACAUCUGCAACCCGGCCACCCGCAAGUGCGCCCCGCUGUCGCAUCCUCCGCGACAACAGUUCAUCAGCCCCAUCACCGGAGUCGACGUGCUCGGCUUGUACCGGCACCAGCCAUCUGGAGAAUACAGGGUGCUCUGGGUGUCGUACGCCGCGCCCAUGGGGACAUUCGCCGCUGUUAAGGUUGAGCAGCCUCAUUACCUUGUCUUCACCGUGGGUUCGGACCAGCCAAGACGCAUCCAAUGGCCGACAGUUUCAGAAGAUGGGUGUCCUGCUGCCCAUCCACCGAUCCACCAUCGUGGUAGCCUCCACUGGGCAAUGGGUUGCAGCAUAACGGUAUUUGAAACCAUAGCCGAGACAUUCCGGCAGAUGAGCCGUCCGGCACAAUUGGGCAGCUACGUGCUAUUAUUGGAUACGGGCGACAACCUUGCUUUGUAUGUCAGCACCGACCAUGACCGCGUCACUUUGGAUGUUUGGGUCUUGCAGGACUAUGAUGCAGAGACCUGGGGGUUUCGAUACCGGAUUAACUUGUUAGCGAUGGAUGCAUCUCCACCGCUUAAGUUGUGGAAAUCUAUCCCUAGGCUGGCUGUGAUCAAUGAACGUGAGCUGUUGAUGGCGCAGCCUCCUCGUCGUCUGUUGCAUUGUGACAUUGAUGGUGUGUUUUUAGGAAAUGUAGAAAGCGAAGAGCAUGAGAACCGCUUGACACUUUCUUGGCAUCGCUUCCAAGAGAGCAUGAUUUCAGUCCCACUGUUUGAGGCGCAAGAAGAAGACGCUGUGAGCAACGAGCCUCCGUUCGUCAUGGUUCUAUAAGAUGCCAUGCUCCAUCUUAAUGGUUUGGACUAGUUCUUUGUUGUGCCCCUGGUAGUAUCUAUCAUGUAUCUGUAUGAACCUUGCCUUCAGUUUUAUGUUCUUACUUUUUAGUACAACUGCUAGUAGAACCGAACACUUUGUAUUCUGAAGUACUCCCUCCGUCCCAUAAUAUAAGAACAUUAAGAACACUAGUGUAGUGUUAAAAAUGUUCUUAUAUUAUGGGACGGAGGCAGUAGUACUCUAGUAUCAUCGUUUCAUGCGUGUCAUGUUAUCUUGAACAUCGUGUUAAUGUAUGUUUUGAACAAUGGUGUGUCUACUGCUAUAAAGAACUGUUGUAUUGUUCUCCUGAGUUCACUUUCAAUUUGCAUUGUUAAACGAAUGGCAAUGUUGCAGCUUGAAAUGCUAAUUCCUUAGCGAGAAGUUAUGGCAUUUUAGUUGCUGAAAUGGUUACUUCAAGUACUCCCUCAUGCAGCUUAAUAUUUUGAUCUUUCAUGCUCAGUGCCAUCGAGUAUCUAUGCUCUGGAAGUGUUCUGAUGUUCCCCCCUGUUUACUUUCAUUUUGCACCGUUGGAAAAAUCACGGAAGGCAUGAUUGCAGUUUGAAAUGCUAAUUCCUUCACGAGUAGUUAUGGCAGUUUUGUUGCUGAAAUUGUUGGUUCAGGCACUCACUUAUGUAGCUCAAUAUUUUGAUCUUUCAUGUUCAGUGCACACUUGAUUUUGGCACCUGGACGCUCUUGUUCUCUGUGCGGAGAUUUUUUUUGGUUUUGAAAAGGAGGAUAACCUCCGGCCUCUGCAGUUCUUUGUGUGGAGAUGUCUUUUCUUAGGCACAUUUCAGAAACUGCAUGUGAUUUGGUGCUCAGCAGCAUAGUUUUAUUUCUGAUUGUUACUAUGGUGGCAAGUAAUUCGAUCACUGCUACCGCUGUUAUGUGUCUGAUUGCUACUUCAAUACGACUAAUUUUUUUUGGCAAGGAUGAACUUCGUUUUCGGAGAAAAGAGAUUGGCUGUUGGUUUGUUUGC